AUGGCAUACAAUCUUCAAUCACUCAUCACUAUCCUCCAACUAAUUCUUGAUCCUGAAGAAUCACUUUGGAAUGUUGAUCGCAACAAACCACAACUCCGAUCCCUACUCCAAAAAACUGAAUCUCUUCUCCACAUUCUUGAAAAGUCUUCACUCACCAACAUACCAAGUAAUUUGGAGAGCCAAAUCAGAGAUGUUUCAUAUAAAGCAGAAGAUAUUAUUGAAACAAGAAUGGUUCGAAAAAUGCUUUCCACCACUAAAGGCACACGGCUUAGUUUCUCCACACCAGAUCUGCAGCAAGUAGCUCAAGAGCUGGAUUUGGCAAUGGAACAAGUGUUGAAGACUAUCUCAACUGGCGCUUCUUCCUCGCAUGAUGUGCAGCAAGCAAAUCAACAACUUGAAUCUAUUAAGCUCGUGGAGGUGGCGGAAAUUAAGAUUCCAGCUGGUGCUCCUUUGUCGAGCUCCAAGAGCGAUUUGGUGGGAGUUGAUGCAGAUGUGCUGCAGUUGAAGGAUCGACUUACAAAUAUGCAGACCAAGCUGGAGAUCAUCCCCAUUACUGGGAUGGGUGGAAUAGGUAAGUCCACUCUUGCUCGAAAUCUUUAUGAUGAUCCGCUCAUCACUACUAGCUUUGAUUAUCGUGGUUGGGCUGCAAUUUCACAACUUCCCAAUAUGCGAGAUAUUCUAUUAAGUCUUCUUCGUCGCCCAAACGAAAAGAUUGAUGAUGAACUAAAUAAACGUAGUGAAAAUGAGUUGAAAGAUAUAUUGUAUAAGAGGUUGUUUGGGCGCCGAUACAUGAUUGUGUUAGAUGAUAUAUGGAGCACCAAGUUCUGGGAUGAGAUAAGGAUGUAUCUCCCAAACAACAGUAAUGGGAGUCGAAUUGUGAUCACCACCAGGGAAUCUAAUGUAGCCCAAUAUGUUGUAAACUCAAAGAGUUUGCAUCAUAACCUGCAAUUGCUUAACAUGUCUGCAAGUUGGGAUCUACUUCACCAAACUAUAUUUGGAGAAGAUGAUUGCCCUCUUGAAUUACAAGAGAUAGGAACUAAGAUUGCGAGUGAAUGCGGUGGGCUUCCUCUUGCAAUUCAUGUGAUCGGUGGGCUUUUGUCAAAGGUCGAAAGAUCAAGAGAUGUUUGGGAGCAUCUUUCAAUAGAUGUAAAAGCUUCCAUUGUUAAAUGUGAGGAGCGGUUCUCCAAUAUACUCUCAUUGAGUUAUAACCACUUACCCAUUUACUUGAAACCAUGUUUCUUAUAUAUGGGGGCUUUUCCAGAAGAUUACGAGAUUAAGGGAACUAGACUUCUGAGUCUAUGGAUAGCUGAAGGAUUUGUGAAAUCUAGUGGUGAUAAGAAUUUGGAGGAAGAGGCUAAGGAUUACUUAAAAGUUCUCGUGGAGAGGAAUCUACUUUUGGUUGCACAGGAAAGUGAUAAUGGGAAAGCAAAGAGUUACUCAAUCCAUGAUCUUUUGAGGGAUUUAUGCAUAAAGAAGGCUAAAGAGGAGAAGUUUUUAGACGUUAAGGAUUCAAUGCGGCGUGUAAGUGUUGAGUCAUCAUAUGACAUGGAAGAUGUGUGUGCUUCACCACAAUUAAUGUCACUUGCCCGAUCUUUUAUAUGCACUAAUGAUAAGAUUAAUAUAUCUCCUGUUUUUGGCAUAUUAAGAUUAGUUAGGGUGCUAGAUGUAAUGGCUAUCAACUGCUCUUCGCGUUUACCUAAUGGAAUAUCAAGAUUGCAAAAUCUGCAAACCUUGAUUUCUGCACAUUAUGUGCCCUAUGUGCCAUCUGAAUUAUGGGAGAUGUAUGAGCUAAUACAUAUUAGGUUAUCGAGUACAGUAUUCAAACUCAAGAAGAUAAAAUUUGAGCUCAAAAAGCUGCAGACGCUUUACAUUGUGUGGGUAACUCCUAAGCUGAUUAUAAGUGGCAUUUUUAAAAGAAUCCCAAACAUCAUAAAGUUGGGAAUCCAUUAUGAAGACUCACCAAACAUUGAAGUUGAUCUUAGCCAUCUUCACAAGCUUGAAAUAUUGCAUUGCCAAUCAGAAUUGGAUAAACAUGGUAGUCGUUUUCUGCACAGACUCAGAUUUCCGUGUAAUCUUAGAAAGUUAACUCUUCGUAGGUGUGUACUAUUUAGGAGUUUGUUGACAACUCUGUGUACACUACCAAAUCUGGAAGUGCUGAAAAUAUGUAAAUGUGUAUUUGAAAGAGAGGAAGAGGCAGAGGAAGAGGAAGAGGAAGAGGAGGAGGAGGAAGAGCCAGAGCCAGAGGAAGAGGAAGAGGAAGAGUGGGAGGCGACAGAAGGAGAUGAAUUUCGCUCACUGCUGUUCCUACAGUUACAAUCCUUAAAUCUGGUGCACUGGAAAGCUGAUGAGACCAACUUCCCUAAACUCCAGACGUUGGUUGUAUCCGCCUGCUAUAAGCUAGAGGAAAUCCCCAGCGCCAUUGGAGAUAUCCCAACUCUCCAAGAAAUUUAUAUACAUGAAUGUGGUGCUUCUGUAGUGGCCUCGGCACAACAAAUUCAGGAGAUGCAGCAAGAAGAGUACGACAACUUCGACCUCAAAUUGUAUAUACGUUAG